CCCGUGUGUACCACCACCGAGCGAACAGAAAAACUCUCUCUCUUCCCAAUGAGUUCGUUCAACCUCGGUACAGAAACUCUUUCUGUCCCUCUGUCCCUCCUCCCGAUGCCUUCUCUACUCUGAACACUCUUCUUUGUUUUCAAAUCGGCAGCUCUUGUCCCUUGACAACAUGAACGGCUCUCUGCGCUUCUCGCCCAACGUGGUGGACAUGAAGCUGAAGCGGGGACCGGCAGGUCUGGGCUUCAAUAUAGUUGGAGGCGUGGACCAGCCGUACGUUGACAAUGACAGUGGAAUAUUUGUGUCCAAAAUAAAAGAAGAUGGAGCCGCGGCGUUGGACGGAAGACUGGAGGAGGGGGACAAGAUCCUGGCGAUCAAUGGUGUCCAGCUGGAGGACCUGACACACGGAGCUGCAGUGGAUCAUUUCAGGACAGCUGGGGAGGAUGUGGAGCUCCUUGUUUUGAAAAAGUUUCCCCUCCACAUGAACGGACCGUCAGACUCGCAGCCCGAUCACCAAUCCUCCGCGUUCUCUCUGGGAAUGUUGGCUGCUUUGGCAGGAGCUGCCGUCCUCUUCUCCUUCAUUUUCACGCGGCACAUUAGGAAACACUUUUAACUAAUAUCCGGUGACGUUUGUCCUGUACGCUAAUUUUUUUUUAAGAUCAAAGGCCAAAGAACUUUAAAAGAGGGAAGAAACUACGCAGUAGAUCUUAUUUUUUUAUUAGUACGCGUCGGGGUGUCACUGGCGAGUUUAACCAUUGUUCAUGUUUAUCAUGUGAUUAAUGGUAAGCUUCUCCUUGACGCCCCCUUUCCUAUGCAAAAUUAUGCUCUCUCACCACAGAGAUAACUUCUAUUAGCUACCUUUUGUGGUGUGAAUCGAUGAAGAAGAAGGAUGUACACAUGACAUUCCUGCCGCUGAGCUGAGCUCGGGCAAGAAACAAGUGGCUUCCCACACGCAGCAGAAAAUGAUUAAACGCCUUGUGUCAAGUCCAGACUGAAAAUCGGGGUCCAUUCACAAACUGAGAAAAGCAGCGGUGUGUUCGGUCCCUCUCGGGAACUGUACCUCCAUCACCGAGGGGGCUGAUGUGAGGGGAAGAACCUUCUGUAAUUCGUUCAGAGUUUGAUUUUCAUUUUGCUCGGUUGCACAGAAUCGUAGGAGGAGCAGCAGCAGCCUCCUGCUGUGCUGCUCGGAUUGUGCCGGAGGUGGAAAUAAUUUGCAGUUAAUGGACCUUUUUUUCUAGUGUCUUUUAGCUUUUCCGUUUCCAAGCGGUCGGUCCUCGUUUCUCCUCUUUGUUGGAUCAAAAUGAAAAUCAUCCCCCCACGUUCCGUCAAUAACAUGAAAUUAAAGGGCACAGCUGGUGAUUUCGUUUUUUUUUUCUUUUUAUUGACAACAAAUCCCCUUAAAAAGCUCCAAACCAACAGUCGGUUACUUUGUCUCUUAAUAGCUUAUAACUUCUACAGCCAUAAGCCCAUUUCUUCUAGAUGUACAUAUUUUAAAAACAGGUCACAAAUAUAAAGUCUAAUUUAUAUUUAUAACCUGUUUUAAUUAAAAACGGCUUAAAAUAACUUGAUGUUGUAGGUUUCAGCAAACUACAGGAAACGGUGAAGUUAUUGGGGACUAUUUUCUACUGCGGCUUGAUACAGUGUUUAUGUUAUUGACUCAAAGUAAGAUAUUGAUCCAAUGUUUAUCUUUAAUGUAGAAACAUGUCAACCAUUCAAAGCUUUGGCUGAUUUUAUCAACUGAGCUCGUUGAGCUGUUUGGCACAGACUCGUUAGUUUGUUGGGAUUUUGUUGACGAUAAAAAAAAUAUAGAUUCUUUCACCAGAUUUGCACUUGAUCACCAAGUAGUCUUCACUUUGAAGAGGUUAUUAUAAAGUGUCACAGUGUUUCACUCGGGGUUCGACCAUUGAAUAUAUACUGUAUCAUGUGGCGAGCAAUGUUCAGUCACAGCCGAAAACUCAGAGAGAGACGCCGCCAUGUUUGUUUGUGUCAAAGCCAUUUUUUAAAAACCUAAAUCCUGCGUACGUCACGUCGCACGUUCCACUUCCUGGUCUGUCUCGUGGGUUGAAAAUGAAAAAAAGUUGGAGGAUGUUGUAUUAGAGUGAAUGAGUUGUUCUUUUGUGUGUGAAGCAGCCAGUUCCAGUUAAAGGGAUUUUUUUUCCUGGGAUAUGAGUUGCUGUCAAACUUUAAAUGUUUAUUUGUUUGGUGGUUUUUUUUGCACUAUCCACAAUCAUGGACCUACUCCAGUAAAACGGCCAUAGAGCAGAUGAAAGUGUAUCAAGUUAUAUUUUGUCUACACGUGUGUCAGCGUCCGCAGCGCUUCUAUGAUGAUGUCAUUAUAUCCGACUGUCUUUGGCUCUCGUUGUUUGUAAAUACAUUUCAUGUCGCUCUGCUGAUAGGGACUGAAUACGUGCAGUGUAAUGCCAGAGGGAAAAUAUCAGAGGUAACUACUACUUAAUUAUGCAAAUACUGUGUGUUUGACAUCCAGGCACCGAUUAAAAUUCAUGAUGAAUUCA